AUGUUAAAUAUUUUUAUUACACACUUAUUAUUACUUAUUAUUUCAAUAUGGACACUAGAACGUUUUAACAUUGUUGAGUGCACUUGCCAUUCCGUCUGGGAAAAGAAAUUUAAGAUACAGGACAAGGCUAAUGCAGAUACAAACAGAACAUUGACAGAAAAUCAGAACAAGUAUCAUAAAGCAGGUGAUUGGUCAUAUUCAUAUUCUUCUGUCAGAUGGCAAAGUAGAACAAGUUAUGCAGAAAAAAGGAAUGCAAGAAGGUUCUUGAAUUCGGAUAAUGGCAAUACGCGUUAUCUUCCAACCUUUGGUCAUGCUAAUUAUGUGAUUUUGCAAGACCAUAAUUAUCCUUCCUAUGAACAUAGUUAUAAUUAUUCAAGAUACCGGAAUUGGAAUGGUGCAACCCGUGCGAGGAUUAGGCGCCAAAAUGUGGGAACUCGCAAAAGACGAAAAUUUAAAAGUGCUAAUAGGCGAAAUUUUGAAAACAUCAGUGGACAAAAAUUUGAGAAUCCACUUCGUCAACAUUUUGAAAGCCCAUAUCGGCUACAUUUUAAGGAACCAAACCGUCGAUAUCUUGAGGGGCUACCUCGGCGAUAUAUUGAAGGAUCAGGUCACCACAUUUUUCAAAGGACAAACCGUCUAGACGUGGAUUAUGAUGAUAUCAAAUCUUUUAGCAAUUCUGAUCGAAAUUAUGAGGAUAUUCGAUAUGCACUUAUAGACGACGAUGAUGAUGAGGGCUCAAGCUCUGAAGAAGAUAAUCUUUCAAAUUAUUCAUUUAAUGAUUGCCUGUCGCGUCGUUGUAGAAUUCCCUACGAAUAUAAAAGAUACAGUGGACACCACAAAUCAUAUGGAAGGGAUGAUUAUUCAGUGUACGAUGAUACAUAUGAUACUCAUACUUUAGGAGGCACUAGAUAUGUAAUUUCCGAGCAUGGUAGCCAUAAUGCAUUGGAAGAUGAUGAUGGCGACGACUACGAUGAUUUGGCAUUUCUUGACAAGCACUACACACUUCCUUUAAAAAACAGACACGAUACAUAUAGAAGUAGUGAAUAUGUUGUAAAUCAAGGGGAAGGUAAAGAUUACGAAAGUUAUAACUUAGCCACCGUACCUCCUAGGAAGAGGCGUUCUAGGAAUAAAAGUCGUAUAAAACAUUAUAUAAAAAAAUAUAAUGCAGAAGUUGUGAAGUUAUUACCUUCCCUUUCUACCGGUUCUUUCGUUGCAGGUGUCGUGUUUUCCUUGUUUAAUUAUGUAGCGAUACCCAUAAUAUGUAGUACUUUAUCCUAUAUAUUCUCGUGCUUUUAUAUUAAAGAGCUAAGGAAGAAAAUGAAGAAGCAAAAACGAAUAAAACGUCAAUAUCUUAUGGACACAUAA